AUGGAUGAAUUAACUUCCCUUCUGGAAAUUGGUGCUCGCGUUGAAGAAGGUGGACAAAAAUUUAUGGAAGUUGCAGAUAAAGUUCGUCGAAUGAUUUCUCCAAAAGAUACAUUUCCCGGAAUUAUUAUAAAAUUAAAUGAUAAUUACAAAAGGCAGAUAGCAACAUUACUAAAUUCGUUCGCAGCAGUAAUUUUUUCGAAGAAAAAUGUUUACAAAGCUGAGCAUUUUGUUCGAGCAAUUGAUGCUUUAUCUAUAUCUUCAAUCAUUCUUGCAUGCAGAUAUAUGGAAACAAAAGAUAAAAGCGAUAUUAAAGAUUCCCUCGAUUGCAUUGAAAGUGCUACAUCUUAUUGUUAUGAACUCGCUUCCCAAAAUUUACCAUAUUGUGGUAGCUAUGCAUUCAAUAUUGCUUCACUACUUUAUCAAAAGAAAUUUGUUUCUGAAGGACUGGAAUUCUUUAGAUAUUCAGAGAAAAUAUUUCGCACAGUAAAAAACAAACAAUCUCACGAAAAUACUUGCAAAUACAUCGCUUUUUGCCUUAUAGUAUUGGACCAAACGAAUACUGAAGAGUUUGAAAAAGCAAUAUCAGGAGCUUCUGAUUCGCUCACUCUAUUAUCAAAUUGGAUCAAUCGUAGACCACCGGAAAAUACUCAACUAGUAUAUAAUUAUAUCAAAAAGUUUAAGAAUAGAGAUGAAGCGUUAAAUGAAGCAAUGCCUUAUUUCGCAUUAGAGGGAGAUUUCAGAAUUUUAUCAAAAGAUCCGAAUUUUAAUGAUUUCUUUCCUAACUUUGAGCCGCCACGCACUAUAUUAUAUACAAAUGAGAAGGAGACAAUGAAUUUGUUCAAAAAAUGUUAUGUAUGUUAUAAUUCUGGUCAAUUUCUUCUUUGUGCAAAGCAAAGUGAAGCCUUGCUUGAAAAAUGGCCGCAAAAGAACAACUCUGCAUCAAAAUUAGCUGUUUUGUUUAUACAUGUAUGGAUUAUUAAUUCUUUCUUUGCGCUUAAUCGACCAGAUUGCGUACUUCCGUAUAUUAAGCAGCUAAAUAAGAUAUUUUCUAACUAUCCAUGGAUUGUUGGCCUCUCUUCUUUCUAUUUUCUCAAACAUUGCAUUUACAGCGGGAAUUACAAGCAUUACAUUGAUCCGCCUCCUUUAGCAUUCGAAAGUAUUGCAUCAUGGGAUCAUGUUAUUUCGUUCCAUUCUGCAAUCGAAUGCUUGAAAAAAAAUGUCGAAGAUUGUUUUCAAUUUUUCGAAGAAAUUCGCGAAUGUAGUAAUGUUCUUAUCAAGAGAGAAGCUUUCCAUUAUGUUGCUGGAGCUUAUAGACUCUUUGGUAUUAAUCCGUGCAUUUCUGAUUUUGAAAAUGAAUGUAAAACUUGCAAAGAAGCAAGAGCUCUUUACAUUUACCACAGUUGUAUCGAUUAUAUAAACGAUGAUGAUAUUGAUGCAGCUUGGAAUUUCAUCAAACCUGUAAAUGUCGAUGAUUCAGUCCUUCAAGCACUUUAUGAAGCUGAACAAAUAGCAUCUGGACACUGUGCUACAAUCAGAAAGAUUAAAUUAUUACAAGCAAUUUUAAUAGGAAACACUGAUCCCGAAAGAUCUGCAGAUUUAAUUACGAGAAGUUGCUCAACAACAUUAGAUAGCUUCAUUAGAGUUAAAGAGAAACUCUUCAAGCCUCCAUUUCCAUUCAUGAGCAUUGCUUACUUCAAUGUUGCUCCUUUGGAACCAUCAAUUCUUUUUGCUCUUUAUACAGUUGGAAGACCAUUAGUUGUUCGUAUCAAAGUAGGAACGAAGUAUGAUGAUUUCUUGGAUGAACUCGAGAGGAUCUGCUCGGAAUCAACAAAUCUUAGUGGUGAUAUCGAUGGAAGAACAUGGUGGAAGAAGAAAUACGAACUUGAUAACAGAAUGGAGAAACUUAUCAAGUAUCUCGAAACAGAAAUCAUUGGAUUUUGGUCAUCAUUAUUCACUCCGAUGAAAUAUAUUCCAUCACAAAACUGUUUAAGAAGUGUUCUUCUUACUGCAUUAUCAAAGAUGUCGCUUUCAGAUCAACAAGAAUUUUGCAAAUUCUGUAAGAAAGAAUUCCAUGAAGAUUUGAACCUUGAAAGACCACAUAGUUCUGUUGCAAAGCCUCUUUCAAUAAUUUGCGGAAAAUACAUGCAUAAUGUUCCUUGGGAAAUGUUAUCAUGUGUAAGAGAGCGCACAACAAAAAUCACAAGAAUUCCAAGUAUCAAAGUCAUUGCAAAUCAAUGUCAAAAAGAAAUGCCAAUGAAAGUUAAUGCUGAAAGUACAUUUUUCAUCUUAAAUCCUGUAGGAGAUCUUGAAAAAACAGAAGAGAUGUUUAAGCCAAUAUUUAAAGAAUUAAGAUGGGAAGGAAUUACUCAGAAGAUUCCUCCAGAAGAUCUGAUCCCACAAGCUCUUGCAAAGAAAGAAUUAUAUGUAUUCUGUGGGCAUGGAAAUGGUCAAGAAUAUUUCAGAUACAGCAAAUUAGUUGAUGAUGAAAUGACUUGCAAAGCUUCACUUCUUCUGAUGGGAUGCAUGAGUGGAGCUUUAAACGAUGAAGGAGAAAUGGAUCCGACAGGAGCAGCUAAUUAUUGCAUAGCUGCUGGUGCUUCUGCUUUGGUUGGCGCACUUUGGAAUGUAACCGAUGGUGAAAUCGAUAGAUUUUUAAGUGCAAUGCUAGAUUUUAUCAAAAACGGAAAGAUGGACGUAGAAGAUGCAGUUAUAUCUGCAAGAAAUUCUUGUAAGCUACCUUAUCUCACAGGAAGUGCAGUUGUUGUUUAUGGAUUUCCAGCUAUAUUCCUCAAAAGAUAG